AUGGAUGGGGCCGGCGAUGCCGAAUAUGAAGCCGAAGAGCCUGAUGAGGAAGCCGAGUUGGGCUUCAUAGGGGCUCUGGAUGGCGAGGGCGAGGCUGACCCCGAUGGGGACCCUGCUGACGGCAGGGAAGAUGGAAGCGGAGGUGAUGGAGCGCUUCGUUCCUCACCUGGUGCCGACAACUCUGGAGCCGGGAGCUCCACGGAUCCCCCGGCACCCAAGGCAAAGGCCAAAGCGGGAACCACCAGUUCAACCGUAGUGGGCCUAAGGAUGGCCGAUAUGAGUGUGCUGAACAAGCUUCAGGAGAGGCGAAGGGAGCUUGAAGCUCAGAUCGCCGAGGUGGAGGCCAAGGGCAGCGAAGGUGAUCAAGGGGAGCUCACCAUGCAUCGACUGAUGCUGGAUAUGGUUAAGGGUCAGAUAAGGAGGGCCCAGGAGCUCAAAAGGAACCGAGAAGCGAGGAUCUCGGCCAGGCUUCAGGCCGACCUGAAUGCGGGUCACAACCCGCGGCUGGCAAAGCGGAAAGAAAAGAGCCGCCAGAGGGCGGCCAAGCACCGACAGAGCCUCAGGCUAGGGCAAGCCAAGGCACGGGUCAGGAGAGAGGAAGCCUUGGAGAGGAGGUUCAACAUACCCGAGAGGGCACGCAAGCAGGAUGAAUAUCCGUUGCUGCCCAGUGCUGGGUCCAAGGUGGCUGCACCACCCUCUCGCCGAGAAAAGGCUAUGAUGAGGGGCGAAGGCGAGGACCGCGAGCACUCUGGGGAUGAGCUCGACGAGCCCAAGGAAAGGGACUGGAGUGCCAAGCCUCGACGGUUAACUCCGGAGGGCCGCGAAGGCAAGAGGCUGCGAGAGCAGAAGAGGAAGAAAAGAAGGGCUCAGGAGAUGAAGGAAGAAGGCAUCUCCGAGCUCACCCUCAGCCAGAAAAGGAAGGUGGAGGAGGCAAUCGCCUCUGCACCUUGGAGGGCCGAGCCCAAGACCCGAGGCAGGCCCCAGCUGAACAAGUACAGCCAGAUGUUCUCGAGGUUUGUGAACUACCUCAAGGGCUACCGACCAGUCCUGCCAGAGAAGCAGAUCCGCCGCAGGGGUCUUGCAAAGCAGUACCAGGCUGCAACCCGGUUCCGCGCAAGGGUUGGAAUCCGGAGAAAACUCCGGGCCUUGACCCCGAGGGGCACGGUGGGCGAAACGAUCGCCAACCGGGACCUGGAUGAUGACAGCGACUGCCACUCGUGCCACAGCAGGCGUGUGAAGACAACCGAGCCUGCAGACCGCUUUUACAAGAAGCGGCGGGCAGCACGGGCCAAGCAAAAGGCCAAAGAGCUCCUGAGCGAAGACGAGGAAGAUGAGCCCACCAGGUGGUGGGGGUUUGGUGGAGCCGCUUCGGCCACCACCAUCCAAGUGAUCCUGGAUAGUGGGGCGAGCCACAAUGUGAUCCCACAAGAGUGGGUGAAGCACCUGGAAUGGGGACCCGCCGAAGGACCGGCAGGCUUCCGCACCGCAGAUGGAAGCUGGCUGCCAAACCUCGGUACGGCCGUGGUGUCUUUGAGGUCGACCGAAGGGUUUUCCUUUAAGGUCCGGUUUUGCGUGGCCUCGGUGCAGCGUGCGCUUCUCAGCGCGACCCAAGUGCUGAAGCUUGGGCACACGAUCGUCCUGAAAGGAUCGAGAGCGGUGAUCCAUGUGAAAGGAAGCAAGGAGAAAACUUUGGUGUUCAAGAUCCUUGGGCCCCCUCCGGUAGCUAGUUCUCCCGACCACUUUUUCAUAGGAUCAGAAGGAGAAGAGGACAAAGCCGAGGAGGAAAGAAGCAAAGCAAAGGAACAGGCAAAGGAAGGGGCAGGAAGCCCGACGCGCAAAGCAAAGGAAAAGCCAGGAAGCCCAACGCGCAAAGCAGAGGAAAAGCCUAGGUCUAACUCGGGCAAGAAUCGAUCUGGGUCCCUUUAUGUGGGUGAAGCCGGUAGUGCUGAUCCACCAAGGGAGGAAGCUGCUUCAGCGUCCUCCCAGCCACAGGUCGAUGAGGGUCAGUCUGCUCAGCCGUUGGCCCGGCCAGACCGACCAACGCCCGAGAUGAUAGCAGCUCAUGAGGUUUCCCAUGUUCCAUACAGGAGUUGGUGCAGAGCCUGCGUUGCAGGUCGUGGUCGAGCUUACCAGCACAAAGCUUCGGGUCAAGAGUCCACGGUGCCUGUCAUCAGCAUGGACUACCUCUACUUCAAUGAGAGGACCGAUGGUGCUGGACUGCCCACCAUAGUCCUUCGCGAUCGCCACUCGAAGGCUAUCUUCUCGCACCUCCUCCCGUGCAAGGGAACGACUGGAUCUACGCACCCUGAGCGAGCUAUCUUGAAGGACCUUGAAUUCCUAGGGUACAAGAAACUGGUCCUGAAGAACGACCAAGAAGCUUCUAUCAAAGCUCUAUCUCUCGCUGUUCGCAAUGGCUUCAGUGGGGAGAUUGUCCCCGAGGAGUCACCUAAAGGGGACCACCACGGACAGAGCAACGGGGAAGCUGAGAGGUCCGUUCAGACAGUGCAGGGUUUAGUGCGGACCCUGAAGGCCAGUUUGACCGAGAAGGGCAUUACCCUUGAACCCACCUCAUCCGUGUUUGCCUGGAUGAUUGAAUAUGCUGGUGUGCUGCACACCCUGUUCAGUCAAGAACUCCAUGAGGGGCUGACGCCUUUUCAGCGAAUAAAAGGGCGCAAGUGGCAAGUGGCUUUGCCAUGCUUUGGUGAAGCUGUGGACUUCCGCCGCAAUACGCGCUCAAAGCUGGAUUCGCGAUGGCAAUCAGGAGUUUAUCUGGGCCUACGUCUGCAAAGCACGGAGAAGAUCGUGGGGACCAACCAAGGGAUCUUUGUGGUCCAGAGCAUCAAGCGGAAACCCGAGGGCCAACAAUGGGAUUCCGACUUGGUCAAGGCAGUUCGUGGAUUGCCCUGGAAGACCUCACCGGACGAGACUGGAGAUGGUGCUCGAUUACCCGAGCCACUGACCGUUCGAGCUCAGGUUGAGGAGGGACUGCCUCCACCUGCUCGUGAACUGGUUAAGCCCGAGGUAGCACCCUUCAGGCGUACCUACAUCCGCCAAUCUGACCUAGACAAGUUUGGGUAUACGGCUGGAUGCGAGGCAUGCUCAGCAAUCCGUGAGGGUCGAAGGAGAACGGGCAUCAACCACACUGAGCACUGCCGCUCAAGGAUCAUGGAAGCCCUAAAGGACUCAGAAAGCGGAAAAGCCCGACUGGAACGCGAAGAGCAACGGGAGAGUGAAUUCUUCGACAAGGUGAAUACCGCGGAAGAAAAGAAGAGGAAGGUUAGCACAGGGCAGGAGGCGUCUUCGUCCAUAGAACCUCCAGUGGCCCAACCUUCCAGACCUUUGACCAUUGCUCGCCAACCGCCUUUGAGACCAGAGGUUCCGAGUGAACCUAGCUCUCUGCCACCUGGUGGUGCGGCUGCUUCAGCUGCGCCCAGUGGGGGCCAGAAGAGAAAGAGUGAAGGCGGGGGGGACGAAGGUCGUGCCGAACUGGCACCUCCUGACGAAAGGUCCGAGGGUCAGAAGCGGAAAUCACCUGAGGAUGCCGAGGGCAUGAUCGAAGAGCUCAUUCUGCAAGAGCGCGAAGGUUUCAUUGCCAGUGUCGAGAACGAGGAACAACCUACAUGCGACCUGGAGGAUGACUUGUGGGAAGAAAAGUUCUACGACGAGAAUACUGGUAAAGAGCUUCCCGCCGAAGGUGUCAAGCAAGCCCGCAUGGAAGAGAUACAAGUUAUCAAAGACAUGCAGGUUUGGGAGCCGAUUCCAAGACCCCCUGGUGAACGGGUCAUCGGCACCAGAUGGAUUGACAUCAAUAAGGGGGAUGAUCUUCGAAAGAAACUGCGCUCAAGGCUGGUAGCACAAGAACUGAAGAGAAAGAAAGGAGUUAACGAAGAUCCGAGCUGGAUCGAGUUCUUUGCGGCAAUGCCACCAUUGUCUUCGUUGCGGGCUCUAUUCACGUUGGCUACAACUGGGCGCGUACCCGGCCCAAACAAGAAAGCCUUUCAGAUGAACGAGCAUGGUGAAGUAUGUGUGCUGUUCAUUGACGUGAAGAAAGCUCACUUCUGGAGUCCAGUUAGGAGGCGACUCCUCGUGGAGCUACCACCAGAAGCUGGGGAAGGACCUGACAAGGUCGGCCUUCUCAAAAGAAGCCUCUACGGAACCCGUGAUGCACCGAGCAACUGGGAACAUGCCAUCAAGAAGGUAAUGACUGACUUGGGGUUCAAGCAAGGGGUGUCCAACCCAUGUCUUUACUUUCACCCCGAGCAUGGCUUACGUUGCAAUGUGCAUGGAGACGACUUCACAGUCGUCGGGGGCUACAACAAGCUUCAAUGGUUGAUUGAGUCACUUCAGAAAGCGUGGACAAUCGAGGUGCGAGGAAUCUUGGCACGGCCCGGCUCGAGCCUGCCAGGAGUUACUCACAGCAUCUCUGUGCUGAACAGAUUGGUUACGUGGACCAAUGAGGGGAUUGAGAUGGAAGCUGAUCCUCGCCAUGUUGACCUGGUGUUGGAACAUCUGGGUUUGAAUAACUCCAGCCCUGUUACCACACCGCUUGUCAAGAGCACAGGGGAUGAAGAUGAAAGUCCACUCUCCAGGGAAGAUGCUGGACUCUACCGGUCCAUAGCAAUGAGGAUUGGGUAUCUGUCAAGUGACAGACCCGACAUGCUUCGGACUGUGAGGGAACUUGCUAAAGGACUCAAGGAGCCCACUCAAUAUCACUGGAACCUGCUCAAGCGCGCAGGGAGAUACUUAAGAGGGGCACCUCGCCUCGUGCAGCUUAUCCCUCACCAAGAAGGGUUCAGUGUCAUCCAAGGAUGGAGUGACACAGAUCAUGCUGGAUGCGUUCGCACAAGAAAGUCCACAACCGGGACCGUCGUGCAACUAGGGAAGUCCGUCAUCAAAGCCACUGCGAAAGGGCAGGCAGUCAUAGCACUAUCCAGUGGGGAAGCUGAAUACUACGGCCUGAUAUCCACCACCAGCGCAUGCUUGGGUGAACAAGCAAUGUUGACUGAUUGGGGCAUCAACUGCCCUGUGGUCAUCAACAUGGACGCCACCACGGGCAUAUCCAUUGGAAGCCGAAGGGGUUUGGGACGUGUAAAACACAUCCACACCUGCUUCUUAUGGGUUCAAGAGGUGAUCGAUUCCGGCCGAGUUAAGCUGAAGAAAGUCCCUACGGAAGAAAUGCUGGCUGACCUGAUGACCAAACCUCUGGACGCUAAGCUGAUCCAGAAGUUCCUGCAAGGAAUGGGAUACAACAACAGAGCGGGACGACAUCCUUUGGCCCUGAAGACGUGA